AUGCAAACACAGAAGAUGGGGUGUGCUUGGGGCAGGCUUUGCCUGCUUCUCUCCCUCCUCCUCCAGCUACCGGGCUCCCAGGCCAAAUGCUACUUCCAGGCUAAAGCUCCCUGCGAGUAUGAAGGGAAGCAGUUCUCCCUUGGGGAGUCGUGGCUGAGCACCAACUGCCUGCGCUGCCCCUGCCUGCACCCCAUUGGCGUGGGCUGCUGCGAGACCACCCAGCACCCCAUCGACUUCCCUGACUGGUGUGAGGCCCACUACGACUCGCAGACCUGCCAGAUCUCUGUGGUCCAGAAGGCCAACCCCAGCCUGCCCUGUGUGAAGACUGUGGAGCGCGAGUGGGGCACAGCUGGCACUCAUGAGCCACUGAUCAACAAGGGGCUUCCUGAACUGAACCUGGGCAUCCUCCCUGUGAGAUACUCUGCACACUUUGGGAAUGCAGAUCUAUGGGAUCUCCUUCCAGGUGGGCAGAAAACCUCCAGCUACUAA